AAGGAGGGAGGAUUCCCUUGCUAGGGAGGGAUCCGGUCGCUCUGACCCCUGGAUUCCUUUGCCAAAGAGGGAUCCGGUCGAUCUGAUCCUCGGAUUCCCUUGCCAAGGAGGGAUCCGGUAGAUCGGACCCCGGGUUCCCUUGUCAAAGAGGGAUCCGGUCGAUGUGAUCCUCGGAUUCCCUUGCCAGGGUAGGUCGGACCCCAGAUUUCCUUGCCAAGAAGAGAUCCAGUAGAUCGGACCCCCGGAUUCCCUUGCCAAGGAGGGAUCUGGUAGAUCGGACCCCAGGGUUUCCUUGCCAAGGAGGGAUCCGGUAGAUCGGACCCGAUUCUCCCCUGCCAGCAUGGCUGGGGAGCCGGUAGCAACCGAGGCUGGAGGAGGCUGAGCUGGAACUCAAGUGCAGAUCCCGGAGAAAGAGAGAGAUCCGGGGAUGGCCCGUUGGAUCCCUACAAAGCGGGAGAAGUACGGCGUCGCCAUCUACAACUAUGAUGCUGCCCAGGAUGUGGAGCUUUCGUUGCAGGUUGGCGACACAGUUCACAUUCUGGAGAUGUAUGAAGACUGGUACAGAGGAUAUACUAUCCGGAACAAAUCCAAAAAGGGCAUCUUCCCAUCAACAUAUAUCCAUCUGAAAGAGGCAACAGUGCAAGAUUGCGGACAAAAUGAAACAGUAAUUCCAAGCGAACUACCUUUGGUCCAGGAGCUCACCUCUACACUCUGGGAAUGGGCUGUGAUUUGGCACAGGCUCUAUGUGGAGAACAAGAAGACACUCUUCCGCCAUGUGCAGCAGAUGACUUAUAGCCUAAUCGAAUGGCGCUCCCAGAUCCUCUCAGGCACACUUCCCAAAGACGAGCUGGCUGAGCUCAAGAAGAAAGUCACAGCCAAGAUAGACUAUGGCAACAGGAUAUUGGGGCUUGACUUGGUGGUGAGAGAUGAUAAUGGAAACAUCCUGGAUCCUGAUGCAAACAGCACAAUAUCACUCUUUAAAGCCCAUGAGACAGCCUCCAAAAGAAUUGAUGAAAGGAUCCAGGAAGAAAAGUCUCUUCAGCAAAAUGUAGACCUUCGGGGACAGUCUAUCUUCAACACAACUCAUACAUACAGCCUAUAUGUCAACUUCAAGAAUUUUGUCUGCAACAUCGGCGAAGAUGCAGAGCUGCUUAUGAGCCUCUAUGAUCCUGACCAGUCCAAGUUCAUUAGUGAAAAUUACCUGGUUCGUUGGGGAAGUAAUGGAAUGCCAAAGGAAAUUGAAAAACUUAAUAACCUUCAAGCUGUCUUUACGGACCUCAGCAGUUCUGACCUGAUCCGACCUCGAAUUAGCCUGGUGUGUCAGAUUGUGAGAGUGGGCCACAUGGAGCUUAAGGAGGGCAAGAAGCACACCUUUGGGCUCCGGAGACCCUUUGGAGUGGCAGUGAUGGACAUCACAGACAUCAUUCAUGGGAAGGUGGACGAUGAAGAGAAACAACAUUUUAUUCCCUUUCAGCAGAUUGCCAUGGAAACUUAUAUUAGACAACGACAAUUAAUCAUGGCACCGUUAAUAACCUCCCAUGUGAUUGGAGAGAAUGAGCCUCUCACGGCUGUCUUCAACAAAGUCAUUGCUGCCAAGGAAGUGAAUCACAAAGGCCAAGGCCUUUGGGUUUCUCUGAAACUUCUACCUGGGGAUUUAGCCCAGGUUCAGAAGGAUUUUUCUCAUCUUGUUGACAGAUCGACAGCUGUGGCCCGUAAAAUGGGAUUCCCAGAGAUUAUUCUGCCUGGUGAGGUUCGAAACGAUAUCUAUGUCACUUUGUUGAAUGGGGAGUUUGACAAAGGGAAAAAGAAGACUCCCAAGAAUGUAGAGGUCACCAUGUCUGUUCACGAUGAAGAUGGCAAUCUCUUAGAGAAAGCUAUCCAUCCAGGGGCUGGUUAUGAAGGUAUCUCUGAAUACAAGUCAGUUGUCUACUAUCAAGUCAAGCAGCCUUGCUGGUACGAAACUGUAAAGGUAUCCAUUGAAAUAAAAGAGGUUGGGCACUACCACUUACGAUUUACUUUCCGUCAUCGAUCGUCACAGGAAUCAAGAGAUAAAUCUGAAAGGGCUUUUGGAAUGGCCUUUGUGAAGCUGAUGAAUACAGACGGCACCACUCUACAAGAUGGCAGGCAUAAUCUAAUUGUCUACAAGGGAGAGAACAAGAAAAUGGAAGAUGCUAAGUUUUACCUGACAUUUCCUAGUAGCAAGGUGGAACUGGAGGACAGGGAUGGCCUGCUUGCCAAACAUCAGGCAGCCAACAUUGCUGCAAACAAAGAAAGUACUAAGGAUAGCUUCCAGAUUGCAACACUCAUCUGCUCUACAAAGCUGACCCAGAAUGUUGAUCUGCUGGGGUUGCUAAACUGGCGUUCAAACACCCAGAACAUUGGCCACAACCUGAAGAAACUCAUGGAGGUGGAAGGAGGAGAAAUUGUCAAGUUCCUACAAGAUACACUCGAUGCACUUUUCAGUAUAAUGAUGGAGAUGUCCGACAAUGAAAUCUAUGAUUUCCUUGUGUUUGAUGCACUGGUAUUUAUUAUUUCCCUGAUUGGAGAUAUCAAGUUUCAGCAUUUUAAUCCUGUACUGGAAACUUAUAUUUACAAGCACUUUAGUGCCACCCUGGCUUAUAUAAAACUUACCAAGGUUCUCAACUAUUAUGUUGGAAAUGCAGACGACUCCAGCAAGACAGAAUUGCUCUUUGCUGCUCUAAAAGCCUUGAAAUAUCUCUUCCGGUUCAUAGUUCAGUCAAGGGUGCUUUACCUGGGAUUUUAUGGCAAAAGUGAAGAUGGUGAUGAGUUUAACAAUGCCAUCCGCAAGCUUUUCCUCUCCUUUAACAUCCUCAUGGACCGACCACUUGAAGAGGCUGUUAAGAUCAAGGGUGCUGCCUUAAAAUAUUUGCCAAGCAUAAUCAAUGAUGUCAAACUAGUCUUUGAUCCAGUGGAGCUCAGUGUCCUUUUUAGCAAAUUCAUCCAAAGCAUUCCUGAUAACCAGCUUGUCCGCCAGAAACUCAACUGCAUGACAAAGGUUGUGGACAGUGAUCUAUUCCGUCAAGCUGAAUGCCGAGACGUUCUCUUGCCUCUCCUGGUAGACCAGUUAAGUGGGCAGCUGGAUGAUAACUGCAGCAAGCCUGAUCAUGAAGCCUGUUCACAGCUCCUUAGCAAUAUUUUGGAGGUUUUGGAUCGUAAGGAAGUGGGCCCCACGGCUGCUCAUGUCCAGUUGAUAAUGGAGCGCCUGCUGAGGAGGAUAAACCGGACAGUGAUUGGAAUGAGCAGACAGUCUCUGCAUAUUGGUAGUUUUGUAGCCUGCAUGAUGGCCAUCUUGAGGCAAAUGGACGAUGCUCAUUACAACCACUACAUCAGCACUUUCAAAACAAGACAAGAUCUUAUUGAUUUCCUGAUGGAGACCUUCAUCAUGUUUAAAGACCUGAUUGGAAAAAAUGUCUAUGCAAAUGACUGGAUGGUCAUGAACAUGAUGCAGAGCAGGAUUUUCCUUCGAGCCAUAAACCAAUACACCUCUGUGCUCAACCGGUUCUUUUUGGACCAGGCAAGCUUUGAACUGCAGCUCUGGAAUAAUUAUUUUCACUUGGCAGUAGCCUUUCUCACUCAUGAUUCUCUCCAGUUGGAGACUUUCUCCCAGGCUAAACGGAACAAGAUAGCCAAGAAAUAUGGAGACAUGAGGAAGGACAUUGGCUUCAAGAUAAGGGACAUGUGGUACAACCUUGGGCCUCACAAGAUCAAGUUCAUCCCUUCCAUGGUUGGCCCCAUCCUGGAGGUGACUUUGACACCGGAGCCGGAAUUGCGGAAGGCGACGAUCCCGAUCUUUUUUGACAUGAUGCAGUGUGAAUUCAACUUCAGUGGCAACAGGAACUUCCACAUGUUUGAAGAUGAGCUUAUAACUAAACUGGAUCAGGAAGUUGAAGGGGGUCGGGGGGAUGAACAGUACAAGAUUUUGCUGGAGAAACUAUUAUUGGAGCACUGUCGGAAACACAAAUACCUCUCAAGCUCAGGUGAAGUAUUUGCCCUGUUGGUUAGCAGCCUAUUAGAAAACCUGUUGGAUUACCGGGCGAUCAUGCAUGACGGCAGCAGAGAAAACCGCAUGAGUUGCACUGUGAAUCUUCUGAAUUUUUAUAAAGAAAAGAAGAGGGAGGAUAUAUACAUUAGAUAUUUGUAUAAACUCCGGGACCUGCAUACGGGCUCCGAAAAUUAUACUGAGGCCGCAUACACACUGCUCCUUCAUGCAGAAUUACUCCAGUGGUCCGACAAACCGUGUGCUCCGCAUCUGCUCCAGAGGGACAGCUACUAUGUCUACUCACAGCAGGAGCUCAAGGAGAAACUCUAUCAAGAAAUCAUUGCUUUCUUCGACAAAGGCAAAAUGUGGGAGAAAGCCAUCCAACUAAGCAAGGAACUAGCUGAGAUGUACGAAAACAAAGUUUUUGAUUAUGAGGGGCUUGGCAAUCUCUUGAAAAAACGAGCCAUGUUCUACGAAAACAUCAUGAAGGCCAUGAGACCUCAACCGGAGUAUUUUGCUGUUGGGUAUUUUGGACAUGGAUUCCCCUCUUUUCUCCGUAACAAGAUCUUCAUCUACCGCGGGAAGGAAUAUGAAAGGAGAGAAGAUUUCAAUCUGAAAUUACUCACUCAGUUUCCAAACGCUGAGAAGCUGAGUAGUACUGCUCCACCCACAGAAGAAACCAGAGCUUCUCUUAAGCAGCACAUACAGUGCUUCAUUGUUAAACCUGUAAUGAACCUUCCACCAAACUACAAGGACAAGCCUGUUCCAGAGCAGAUUCUAAAUUUCUACAGGUCCAACGAAGUGCAACAAUUCCGAUAUUCCCGGCCAUUCAGGAAAGGAGAAAAAGAUCCAGAGAAUGAAUUUGCAACAAUGUGGAUUGAGAGAACCACCUACACAACUGCCUAUGCAUUCCCAGGAAUCCUCAAAUGGUUUGAAGUUAAACAAGUUACAGUGGAGGAAAUCAGCCCUUUGGAGAAUGCUAUUGAAACCAUGGAGCUGACCAAUGAGAAGAUCAGCAACUGUGUGCAGCAACAUGCCUGGGACCGCUCUCUGCCUGUGCAUCCUCUUUCCAUGCUGUUGAAUGGCAUUGUGGAUCCAGCUGUCAUGGGUGGAUACACCAACUAUGAGAAGGCCUUUUUUACAGAUAAAUAUAUUCAAGAACACCCUGAAGAUCAAGAAAAGAUUGAACUGCUCAAGCAACUAAUUGCUCUACAGAUGCCUUUGCUGGCUGAAGGGAUCAGGAUUCAUGGGAAGAAGCUGACGGAGCAGCUGAAGCCUCUUCAUGACAGACUAACCUCUUGCUUCAAGGAGCUGAGGGAGAAAGUGGAGAAGCUUUAUGGCGUGAUAACCCUACCUUCUUCACUGACAGAGAGAAAACAGAGCAGGUCUGGAUCGAUGGUUUUGCCAUACAUCAUGUCCUCCACUUUGAGAAGACUCUCAGUUACCUCUGUGAGUUCCUCUGUGGGAUCGACAUCCUCUACCUCCUCAGAUAGUACAUCCUCCAGGCCAGGGUCAGACGGAUCGAUUCUCGAGCCCCUGGUGGAAAGGAGGAGCUCAGCGUCCUCCAAGGUGGACGAUCUCCUUGCCAAAGAGGAUGGUGAGAACCGGGUAAAUAAAUUCAGGCGGAAGGACUGGAGUCUCAGCAAAUCUCAGGUUAUUGCGGAGAAGGAGCCUGAGACGGAAUUGACUUCCAAAACGAACGCAUCAGGAAAAGCACUAAGGCCAAAGAGCCUUCAGUUGGGGGAGAGCAAACUUUCGCUGCUUCAGGGCCCAUUGCUCCAACAAAGCAUGCCUCUCAGUCCACCGCCAAUCACCCCCAAAACACCAAGAACCCAAAGUUUCCCUUCUUUGCAGACAGAUGGAUUAGGGAUCAUUAACUUGCAGAGCACUCCACCGCCACCUCCACCCAAAUCCAAACCCUAUGAGAACAGCAAUUCAAGGAACUCCACAGAGAUUGCCCCACCUUUGCCCAGCAGGCAAGAAGUCAAGCCUCCUCCUCCCCCUCCUAAAGCAAGGAAAUCCAGUGUCAUUUCUUCAGACCCAGGAUUGCAAUGACAACUUCCAAACAACCAGCCCCUCCCAUUGGACCUUGCCUGCAGUUCUGUUUUCCAUCUAUACAUGCAUAUGUGUGUGUGUAUAUAUAUAUUUCCUGGGCUUCCUCAUGAUUUCCUCCUGCUGGAGAGAUGAACAGUUUUGUCCAGAUGGUCUCUUCUUUUGGGCCAUGCCAAAGUAAGCCAUUUAAACUGUUACAGAGCUUUUGGAUUUGAUUUUCAGCUUCUGAUUUUCCUGAUGGCGAGCCAAGACACAGGCAUCCUGGCCUACCCCCAGAACUGACGUCUACAUGGUCAUCUGGCUUGAGUAAUACCAAGAACUUCCUUGCUAUGCACCCAUUGGCACUUUCCCCAGUGUCACUAAAGUACUCACCAUCAAGAACUCUGUUGGUCAUUAAAUUGGCCUUGCUCUUUAAACGGUGGUCAGCAUCACACUAUGAAAGGUGGCCUUGAAUUUACAUGAACAGUCCGUCCCUAAAGAGCUGCAGCCAGAGGGAAAAAUUCCUGGACAAGACGGUGCAUGAAUCUAUGGAGCAAACUUCACACUUGUAAGCCCAGUCUGUGGAAAUGUCAAGAGAUGCUGCAUAUUCACUAUGGGUGAGGAAACCUGCCAAUGCCACUUUCCCCUCUGCAUCCAGUGCUUCCUUUCAAGCCAAAUAUGAAGAAAUCAGAGAAUUCUCAUCAGCUUUUUGGGACUUAAAUGAAAUUGUCUUCCAUCCAUACCAGCCAUAUUUGGUACUACUCCUGUUACCACCUGGAAGAGGGCCAUGUUAUACCUGCCCAACAUACAAGUGUUCAGACCAAAGAAACCGAGUCCCAAUUUAGCUCAGGGAUUCAUAUUCAGUUUUUCAAGAAUUAAUCACUCAGAGCCUUCAACCUGGAUAGACAAACAUCUUAGUUUUGAUUUCUUCCCAUUUAUUUUUUUAAAAUCACAAGGUUUUUUCCCCAUCCUGAAGUUGAAGAAACUGUAGGUUUCAGUAAAUACUUAUGCAAACAAUGAUUUGAAGCACCAUCAUUGCCCUUCCCUAGUCCUCAGGUAUUCUUGGGUCCUGAACUCUGAGGCUGGGACUUGGUGGGUGAGUUAAACAUGCAUUGACUGCAUGUUUUAGGUUCAGAACCACCUUCAGACACACAAGUGAAUAUAGGUAAACACACUGCCUCUAACCACUAGUCAACACUAUUAAGAAGUGUUGCCCUUGUAUGAGGAUCUGAAGCUGGAACUUCUGCCUUUGUUUGCUCAACCACUGGUACCUUUCCAGACCUUAGAAAUGUUGCUUUUGGGGGCCACAUAUUUAAGAACCACUUUCAAAAGAUUUCUGGCAGUUGUGGUCCAAAAAGUGUCCCUCUUCCCCAUCUCUGCUUUUGAAUAUUUCAGUUUAGCUUGCAGAAAGAGAGAAAAAACCUACUGAUCACGGCAAGAAUGUUUUGAUCCAGUUAUUACUUGUGAUAUCACUGGCCUAGCCCUGAUAAGUCCAGGCAACCCUACUAAGUAAGACUCCUUCUAUGCCUAGAUGGUUUGCUUUGCUAAGAAACUGAACAUCUUACCAGAAGGUACUACUUGAUAUCUAUUGAUGGAGAGAAGGACCUUAUCUCCAUGGUUGGACCAACUUACCUUGAAGGUCUCAAAGAGUUUCCUAGCGCUGUAAUUGAUGCCAUCCAUUCCUCGUUCCUUAUUUUGUUUUCUACUUAUCAAGACUUUGCACAUAAACAGGGUCGAGUACACUACUACUACAGGUUUACUAUCCCUUCUCCAGAAUUCCAAAAUUUGAAACACUCCAAAAUCCCAAAUUGUCCACAUGGAUGGCUGAAGUAGUUCCUGAUAUUCGUUGUACAUAAAUGCUUUCUGAUAGUCACUGUACAUAAACUUUGUUUCAUGCACAAAAUUAUUAAUAUUAUGUAUAAAAUUACCUUCAGGCUAUGUGUAUCAGGUGUACAGAAAUGAAUUUAAGGCUAAGGUUUGGGUCCCAUCUCCAAGAUACCUCAUUAUGAAGAUGCUAAUAUUCCAAAAUUCAAAACAUCUCUGGUCCCAAGCAUUUUGGAUAAGGGAGACUCAACCCAUGCCACCUUUUUUUCAGCUGAAAUCAUUGGUUUACGUUUGUUUUACCUUACAUAAUAAUUGGUUGCCUUAAAACUAAUUUAAAGGUAAAGAAAUUUCAUCUGUAUAUAGAGAACAGAUUUGUGUAUGAUGGUGCUUCUUGGAUAUUCAGUAUCUACAGAUAAAGGACCACUUGGCAAGUAAUGGGAAAGACCUCCACUUGAGAUCUUGGAGAACUACUGCCAGAGUUGACAGUGCUGAACUAGAUGGACAAAUGGUCCUUAAUCCAAGUCUCAGUCCCAAAGAAUAGACCCAUUGAAUCAAUGGAGCGUAAGGGUAGACUUAUCAACUUUCCAUUGCUUUAAUAGAUCUACAUUAAUUGGGAUUAACAAAUGUAUUUGGGCGAUAAAGUACCUUCCUCUAUCCCCUAUAUAAGUAAGACAGACAUCCCACCCAUCUUUAGCAGCUAGAUUGUAUCCCUAUUUGGAUUUAUUAGCAUAAUUCUGAGCAAUGUUUCCCUCCUUUAUAUACAAAGCGCAACCAGGCUGUUAACACUGGUUCUGAAAACAGGUGCCUUUGUUGCCUUACUGAAUUUAAGCAGGUCAAAAGAUAUUUCUUUACAAAUGUUUGCUUCUCUCCCUGAUUGACCUCUUCUUCUCCAGUAAAUUUCUACACCUUUUGUCAGACCUUGGAUCAAAUCCACCUUCAUUUCAUUGCCCAGAUGGCUCUAGGAAACAGACUAUGUACAUUAGGUUAGGGUGGGAUGGAGGAUCAUUUUUGAUUCUCAUCACAGAACAAGCUGGAGAUGGUCUCCAAGUCGCCCAGCAGCCUCAAUCGCAAGUGCUUCCAGCUGUGCACUAAUCAUGGCGAAUGCAGAUGUCUUGUGAGCUUCUGUCUUCUCUCAGCCCCAGAGGGAAAAACUUAGUGAACCUUUUGGGGAUAUCUCAGCCAGUUUCGCUUUGUUGGAGGAGAUGUGUAGCAGAUGGUGCCCGUUCCAUGUUGAUUUGUUCUGCUGCUUGACUUGAAAGCCUCUAGAUUUCAUUGACUGCUUCCCCGCCACGACCCUCGCCUGUGUAGAAAGAUGAGCAUCCUGGAUUCUCUUCCUGAAAUGAAGUUCUUCACCAACUUUGGAAAAAGGAUUCCACUGCACAAGAAUGCAGGGUACAUCUGUGUUAUCCAAUACUGUACUAUAUUUUGUAUGGCAGACUUUUGAGACUCAUUAUCUAUGAAGUAGGAGCUUAUCGCACUAUCUCCAGUGUCCGGCUUACCUCUUCUGAAUUUGGCUCAAACUUGGAAGUUAGGCUGAUUUUAUCGCAUGAACUUCCUCUCAAAACGACUUCCUGUUGCCUCCGGUGCUGAAUUCGGGCCCCAUAAGUACAAAAAUUUACAAACUAAGUGUAUUCCGGAUGCUCAUUUGUUGGUGCCAUUGAAGCUUUAGUUAAAUUAGAAUUCCACACACAAGUGCUGAGAGCUGACUCUACUAUGAGACUGUUAGGCACUUCAUCUGGCAGCAGAUGCUUUCUCAGGCAACAGACUCUCAACCAUUCCUCUUGGGUCCCCUGUCUGCUUCCCUCUGUUAUAGUUUUGUGUGUCAGAGAACCUGUUCUGCAUCACCAGGGAUGCAGGACAGCUUUCUCUCAUGGACAGUCAAGGAUGCUGUCUUAUUGCUAGAACACAAGCAAUAAUUUGCUUCUGUGGAAUGGAGGGGGCAGACAAUUUGGUUAGCCAAGAAAAAUAUCUUAGGCUGGCCUUGAGACUAUGUCACUGCUGGAACCUAACUGGAAGAGAGCCUUCUAGAGAUGUUCUACAAUCCACAGGGUUCUGCUAAAUGUUGGGUGUUGAACAUGUCCCUGUUUCUUAUCUCCCCACUGACACAUUAUUACUCCUAUUGAUCGACCAUUCAAUUAUUACAACUUUUGUUUUCAGUACAGAAUUUAUUGCACCAGACUCACAGCUUUAUUUAUUUUUAUAACUGUAAAUGAAAAUAUUAAAAAUCGAUUGUCUAUA